GGGACGCAUCUACUCCUCAGACCCUGAAGGUCUGGGCCAUGGGGCCCCGAACCGUCGUCCUGCUGCUGUCGGGGGCCCUGGCCGAGACCGAGACCUGGGCGGGCUCCCACUCCCUGAAGUAUUUCCACACCGCCGUGUCCCGGCCCGGCCGCAGGGAGCCCCGCUUCGUGGUCGUCGGCUACGUGGACGGCACGCCGUUCGUGCGGUUCGACAGCGACGCGGCGAGUCGGAGGAUGGAGCCGCGGGCGCCGUGGGUGGAGCGGGAGGGGCCGGAGUAUUGGGACCGGGAGACGCGAAACGCCAAGGGCCACACCCAGCUUUCGCGACGGAACCUAUGGAUCGCUGUCGGCUACUACAGUCAGAGCGAGGCGGGGUCUCACACCCUCCAGGGGAUGUUUGGCUGCGACUUGGGGCCGGCCGGUGUGGCCGAGCACGGCAGCAACUACGCUCAGAGCGAGUGCGUGAAGUCGCUCCGCAGGCACCUGGAGAAGGGGAACCAAACGCUGCAGCGCGCAGAACCGCCCAAAACACAUGUGAGCCAUCACCCCAUCUCUGACCAUGAUGUCACCCUGAAGUGCUGGGCCCUGGGCUUCUACCCUGCACAGAUCACCCUGACCUGGCAGCAGGACAGGGAGGACCUGACCCAGGACACAGAGCUUGUGGAGACCAGGCCUGCAGGGGAUGGGACCUUCCAGAAGUGGGCGGCUGUGGUGGUGCCUUCUGGACAGGAGCAGAGAUACACGUGCCAUGUGCAGCAUGAGGGGCUGCCCGAGCCCAUCAUGUUAACAUGGGAGCCACCUACUCAGCCCAUCAUGGGCAUCAUUGCUGGUCUGGUUCUUUUUGUGAUCACUGUGGUCAUUGUAGCUGUGAUCUGGAGAAAGAAGUGCUCAGCAUGAGACCAGCUGCCUUGUGGGGCCUGAGAGAUGCAAGAUUUGUUCACACUCCCACUUGGUAACACCAACAACCCCUGACUUCUCUUUGUGCAAAAAGUGUCAGAAAGUGUCUGUGUUCCUAUGAGCAUAAUGUGAGGAGGUGGGGAGAGUGGCCCACCCUGCCCACCACGCCCCCUUCCCAUACUGACCUGCCUUCUCAUUUCUGAUGUACUCUCCUGUUCCAGCAGAGGCAGGGCUGGACCGUCACCAUCCCUGUCUUUAUUUUAUGCUGGACUGAGUACGAAUGACUUACUUCCCUAUUGAAAAUGAGAAUCCAGAUAUGAGUUUGUGUUUUUUAACACUUGGCAUGUGGGGUUGAUGGGGUAAUAAAAGAGGAGAUUUGUAAAAUUGAGACAGCAAAUAAGCGGAAGCACUGAGAACCUUCCAGAACUUUUGUUUGCUGUGUUGAGUCUAUUGCAGGUGGGGAUAGGAGAAGGCUCCGAGGAGCCGAGCGGGGAUGGGGCCUGUGCCCAGUCAGUGUUCAGUGCAUCAUGGGUAUGACAUGCUCACCCCUCAGCUGGGUCAUCUUUCUGCUCUGUGUCCUGCCCCUUCUGUGGAAGCUUGUCUCACCAGGACCUGUGAUCACAGAGACCUGUCACCAGGACCUUGUGCAGCAAGAGCUUCCUGUGACUGACAGCUUAGGCUCAGGCCCAGGUCAUGACAUAGCCCCCAUUUUGGGUGGUUUUUUUCAUUGUUUCUGUAGAGCAUCAGGCCUGUUCUUGCUCUUGUGUACUUGUCCUGUUCUCCCCUGGGCGACCCCGUCAGUUACAGCAGCGGGUGUCCUUUGGGCUGUGGUUCCCACAGGCCUAAUUCAGGCCCUGCACACAGGAAUCUCUGUGGUAUGGAGGGAUGAACUUCCAGAUUCAUCCAUGUCUUCCCCUCCCUCUAGAGCUAUUGUCUGGAUUAUUCUUUAGAUUCCGGAGAUAGAGAGAGGAGGAAUCUGAAAGGUUCUCAUCCUUAUUAAACUUCAGUUAGUUUCUACCUUCUCUGCUGCUCUGUUCUCUCUCCCUGCCCUUAGUUCAGUGAUCUUAGUGCUGGCUCCGAUCCAAGUGCAUGGAUUUAUAAAGCAGAGUCUAACAUGGAUUUCUAGGUGGUUGGAGAAAAGGACCCGUAAAGCCUAAGUACAGUGUUUCUGAAGAGAGAA